UGUGAAAUAAAUUGCUUUCUAUGUAUUCAAAAUUCUGAAAAAGAGACUUCGACUAAGUGCAAUGCUCUAUUUAUAAAUGAAGACUUCAGAAGAAAAGUGGCAACAUGAGUUAUCUCACUUUCCGUAUACUGUGCAAUUUCUCAUAUAUGUUUUUUUGAAAUGAAUUAUCAUAUAGUAGGUGCAAGAAAUGAUGGCCUGUGAAUGGCAUAGAAUGCUUAAAACUUCUUGUAAUUUAGGGUUUCAAACUAAUGUUCGCUACCCAAUGUGAUCUCAUGUGAUCAAGUUCUUUUUAUUUAAUUUUAUUUAGCCUUGUGAGCUUCACUUCUCAACAGUAAUACUGUAUUUUCUGACACAUAAAUGAGCUCUGAGAUUUUAACUAAAUAAUUUUUCUUUUUAUUCUUCAACCAUGGUGGUUGCAGACCAAGGAAGUUGGCAAGCAGAUGUUGUUUUUGUUAUAGAAGGAACUGCAAAUCUUAGCCCUUAUGUAGAAAGCUUGAAAAUGAAUUAUAUUAUUCCAACUCUCGAGUAUUUUAAUGGUGCCCCAGCAGAUGACAGAGAUUGUGGUUGUGAUGCAAAUUGUACAAUGUAUGCAUUGGUCAUUUUCAUGGCUGCUGAUUGUGCUCCAGAGACAGCUGCAACAUGUUUUGCUCCAACUGCAAGUACUCAUAAAUUUUUAUCUUGGUUGGAUAAAGUAAUGUUUAUUGGUGGAGCUGGAGAAUCUCAUAGCCAUAUAGCAGAGGGUCUGAGCACUGCUUUGCAAGUAUUUGAUGAUUUUCAGAAUUUAAGAGAAAGCAGCAUCACUACACAGAAGCACUGUAUUUUAAUCUGCAAUUCACCACCAUAUCCUAUACCUGCUUUGGAAAGUUAUGCUUAUUCUGGUUUAAUGACAGAACAAUUAGCAGCAUUAAUGGCAGAGCGGCAGAUAAAUUUCAGUGUUCUGUCCCCACGAAAAAUUCCAACUUUAUUCAAGCUUUAUGAAAAGGCUGGUGGAGAUCUCCAACAUGCACUUGCAAAAAAUUAUGCAAAAGAUCGUCGUCAUCUGGUACUUCUUAGAGGUUUUCAACUUCAAGAACGUCCUAUGAGUCCACCAUCUUUAGACAGCAAAUCUUCUGUGCCUCCAAAUUCAUCUGUAUGUAGCCCUCCUGCUACUGGCCAAAAACGUCCAGCUACAAAUUCACCACCACAUCCUAGGGAAGCUCCUGCAUUUAAGCAGCCUGCAACACAAAAUAAUUAUUCAGGCAUGGAUUGGCCUUCUUCUGAAAGCCCAGCAUCAGCAUUAACUUCACAGAAUCAGGUUCCAUCUUCUAUACAAGGUCCUGGCUCUGGUCAGUCACCUUUAAGUUAUGGCCAGGGGUCUAUACCUGGCCAGCCAAAUCAAACACUUCCACAAAGGCCAGGUAUUCCUACACCACCAGCAUCUCACCUUUCUUCAUUAAAUCAGCCCAAUCCACCAAAUGUAACAAUUACCAAUAAGGGACCUCCAACUCAACAUACGGAAGGUAUAAGACCUCCAAGAGGGCAUUCACCUGUUCCUGCUUGUGGCCCUCGUAUGUCAUGGAAUCAGGCUGCUGCCCCAUCAUCUCCUGUAUCUACAUCUCCUACAACUAGUGUUCUGGCAAAUCAGUUAAACAUGGCCCCUAGUAAUAUGCCAUUACGACAUAAUAAUCCACAGCUUCAGUCAAAUCAAGCAGUUUCAAGUAUUGUGUCGCAGUCACAAUCUACAAUGAAUCAAGCUCAAAGUGUUCUUAAUCCAAAUAAUGCUCUUAGAGGAAAUUUGCCCAACAUUGGCCUUAGGUUAACUCAGAAUACUUCACCUGGACCUGUUCCUUCUGCUGGCCCCAAUGCACUGACUGUGCAAUUAAAUCAGCAUCAGUCAUUUAGCCAGAAUUCUCAGCAGCCUCAACAACAAUCUGCCAGCAUGGCCAAUUCCAUGCCUUCAUCUAUUCAAACAAAACUUGGAAAUGCCACAAGUGGAAAUCAGCUCAUAUCUUCUCAGGGUCAAACUAUAACAACUGCACCAUCAUCUAACAUGCCAUUACAAUCAGGACCUGGGAUCAUGCCAAUGUCUCAGGGUACUUCACAGCAAAGUCAGCCAUCUACUAACCCCACAGUUGCCACAAAAGAUAGGCGUACUAUAUGGCAGGGGAUUCUUGAAUUUCACGAGAAAUCCGUGCCGCCACAGUCACAGGCUCAGGCUCAAAGAGUGUCUCACUCUUUAUCCUGCACUUUCUCUUCUGUGGUGACUAAUGGGGAGUCAGAUGUCAAUGCAGACAAGUGGCCUAACAGACUGAUGUUGCAGUUGAUACCAAGACAGCUUAUUGUUGUUGCAAACUUAUUCAACCCAUUGAAAACUGCUGCUCGACAUGUACUUAUUCAUUUUAAUCAAGAAUCUGAAGCCCUUUCAAAAUUAUGCAAAACUAUGAGUUCUGGUCUUGUGGGUUGUAUCCAAUUUCCACCAACUUGCGAUAUUCGCAUCAUGGUAGUCAUUUACAUGCAAGACAAGCGUAUUUACAUGGGCUUUAUUGCCAAUGAUCAAGAUGGAUUUUUUAAUAGUAUACGACAGAUGUAUGAAAAUCAACGUAAGCAGCAACAGCAAAAACAACAAAGGAUGCAGCAGCAACAGUUAGGAAAUGUUACUUCAUCUGACAAUAUAGGUCUCCAGUCAACAAAUACACCAAAUCAAAAUAUGAUGAUUACGCAGCCUGCAUCUGGUAAUAUGAAUGCAAGCAACAAUCAAAUUAAUCCACGAAUGCCAAUUAAUCAACAGCAAGUAGCACAGAAUACUCCAGCUCCUGCACAAGCUCCUAAUGCAGGAAUGGUUCAUUCAACAACUAUGAACCAACAGCAACCAUCACUUUCUCAGGCUGCCAGGUUGUCUCAGUUAGAAGCUGCUAGGCAGCAGAAUUUGUUAAAAAUUCAGCAGUUGCAGCAAACUUUAGAAGCAGCUCAACAAAAAGAAUUGCAAUAUAAAGCUGCUCAAGAACAGCAACAGCAACAACAGCAGCAGCAGCAACAGCAACAGAUGAUUGAGCGGCAGAAUACGAUAAGACAUUUACAGCAACAGUUGCAACAUCAACAGCAGCAGUUAGCUCAGCAGCAGCAAAGCAUUCAAAUGCAACAAGUUAGCCAGCAAAAUAGUCAUAAUCCUCAACUGCGAAACUUACUGCAACAGCAAGCGCAACAAAUGAGAAGGCAGCAGCAUCAGAUGUUAAUGCAACAGCAUCCUCAAGGUAUUCGACCUCAACUGCCAGGAAACAUUCCACAAGGAGGCAUAGGCUCUUCUGUUGGCCAACAACAGCAGUCACAGCAACAGCCACAGCAACAGUCAUGGGGAGAUUCAGCAAUUUUAGAUUUGCUGCCUCCUUGAACCUUUGUACAUCCAGGACUCAUGCUAACUGAGAUUAAUAUAACAGCAAAUUUAUUUGUGAAUAGAAUAGGGGGAUGCUUUAUUUACCUUUCUGGAGAAGGGAAAUUACUCUGAUAUUUAAUUUAUGCUCAUCUUUGUAAAUCACAGCAUACAUUUUUUAAAUCUCUCCAUUUAUGUUAAACUCUUUCCUUUCCAAAAAUGUGUUAAAACUGAUAUAAAAAUAUACAUCUGAAAAUAAUUUAUUUUGUAGAUUAACUUUUGUUAAAAUAUGCUUUUGAAGAUUUAAUCAUACAAUAUAUUUCUUUGCAGUAAAGAAAAGAGAUAAUAUAUAUAUAGCAUGGGACUUCCAGUCCAGUUUGGAACCAGAUACCCUAGAUUUUUUUACAUAAUAGUCAAUUUUAAAUUAUAAUAAAAUUCAGUAAAUUGCUUAUUAAUGUAAAAUAAUGUAUGCUCUAGGUUAUUAUCUUCCUGAUUAUUUUAUUAAGUUCUAUUAUUAAUUAUAGAUAAAAUAUUCAAAUAAAAAC